AUGAUUUGUCUCUAUACAAUCUUUCUCGGCUGUCUGCCUCUCCUAUCUAUGGCCACUCCUUCUGCGCCUGGGCAGGAACAGAUCCUAAACAAGCGCGCCAUUACUUGCCUGACGGUCGGUUCCACUGCAACUGCAACCUGGACCAACAGCAACGGCCAAACAUGCACGUUUUCUGGUGUGGUUGGUAGCAACUACGGCACAAAUAGUGCUGGCGAGGGAGACUACUCCUGCAAUGGCCGCUGCGGGGCGGGGUGCACAGGUACAGCGGUGGGCAAUGCAUACACGCAGGACUGUUUCUCGCAUGAUAUCUGUUCUUACUUUGCGAAUGCAAGCGGAGGCGCGAGCGAUCCAAACUGCGGUGCCGCCUACAAUGCCGCCGUGGACGAUACCCUCCUUGGUGUUGCAUCUGGUUGCUCGCAGAGUAAUCCGUCCAACGCUGUCUUGAAGCCAGCCGGGAGUCCAACUUGUCGGUAG